AUGCCUGUCAUACCAGUACAGUAUGAAAGUUUGAAGGCGAUUCUGUCAUAUAUGGACCCAAAUACACGAUUUCAAAUCUCCCUGCGCAUACCAUCUAUCAGUUCUCUCGAAAGAAGAUUACCAUUGAAAAUCGUGAAUUUGAAGUUUUCAAAAACAGGAAUCGAAGUAAAUGGAGCUCGCUACCGUCUAGGUGUAUAUCCCCAUUCAAAAGAUAACAACGUGUCCUCUAAGAUUCAAAUGUCAAUGCUACCGAUUUCACAUGAUAUUGAUGAAUAUGGAUACACUAUUUCUCCGGGAAUCAACACAGUGCUCCCUGGAGAUGUGGAUUUAAGAAGAGAAAUUCUGAGAAAUUCACAAAACGAUACAAAUAGAAAAGAACGUCUUCUAGUUCAGGAGUUGGAAGCGCUCAACAAGAAGUUGGUCAAGCAUUUGAAUCAGGAGUACACAGAGCAUGAUAAGUUCAAAACUUGUCGGUAUGUAGAGUUUCAAACUCGACAUUGUGUGAUUCGAAAUCAGAUAGAUUCAUUACAAAUCGCUUUGGAACCUUUCAAACAUCGUCGCAACAACACAAAACCGGCGUACACCAACGGGAUUCAAUUGACUGUGACUUCUCAGAGAAGAGGUCUGAUCCAACGGAUUCCUUACAAUAAGAAUCUGUUCGAGGCAAUGAAAAUACUAAGCGCUACACUGUUUGGUAAGCGAAAUUUAAUCAUAUCGGUGAAGAAUGUGACCAUUGAUUUUCACAAUUACAUUCUUCGUUUCCCUGUGGAAACCAAGCUGAGAAUUCAAACAUUGGAGAUACUCAGUUGGAGUGCAUCCAAUUUUCAAAAAUUCAGUCGGAUUAUUGACACGUCUUCGUUCCCUCUUGAACGAUUAACAAUGAAAUGUAAUCCUAAUCUCUCAAAUUUUAAACAUGAAAUUGUCAAAACAGCGAGGAUUCUUAUCAUUGACAAAACCACAACCAUAACACGCCCAUGGAUGGUAUUACUACGCCCAUGGAUUACAAUUCUUCGCAACCUGACCAAUCGAUAUUUGUAUAUGAAAAAUCAACAUAGAAAUGAAUCUGAUGAAGACUACGUGGACUUCAUCAGCAGUUGGUUGGAGAACGAACGCCCCGUUGGAACUUCUUGGAGUGGUAUCAUGAAGGAAGAAACUGUCAAGCGAGUUUUGAUCAAUUUGAAAAUGAGACCAGAGGUUGUUGCAGCAUCAGAUAACUAUGUUGAACUACGUGUCAACGCUUCAUCGAGUCUCCAAGUUUAUUAUAAAGCUUUACAACCAUCGGACUUCCACUCAAAAUGGUUGUUGAACUGGAGAGUUGUUCGGUCAAAACUGGAGUAA